UGCUGAUCGGAAGCAUUUGUCAGUAUUUCUUAGCUGCAACAGUUGCUUCAAGUGAGGCACACAGGGCGCACCUCAGUCCAAUCGUCCUCGGACUGUUUGAAUUUGAGGACGCUAUUGUACCAGUGCCGACAGAGUCUCAACUUUUUUCAUUACCCUUCCUCGGUGAGAAUGGCAAGGAUUCGGAUUCCUAGCACAAUUGUUAUAAUUUUUGUUACAGUUCAGACUGGAUUCUUACUCUUCAUGUACGCCCGGUACAGUAACUUCAUGCCUCAGCCUGAGGAGAAACCAUCGCAAGUCCACAUACUUAUUCUCUCCUCUUGGCGGUCAGGAUCUUCUUUUGUUGGUCAACUUUUCAGCCAGCACCCCAGUGUCUUCUACCUGAUGGAACCUGCAUGGCACGUGUGGGUUACAAUGUACCAGAACAGUGCCAAAGUCUUACACAUGGCAGUGCGGGACUUAGUCAGGUCCGUCUUUCUGUGUGACAUGUCUGUGUUUGAUGCUUACAUGCCUUGGAAAAGAAACUUAUCCGAUCUUUUCCAGUGGGCAGCAAGUAGGGCUCUGUGUUCAGCUCCUGCUUGUGACUCUUUUCAGCGUACUGACAUAACCAGUGAAUUGGCAUGCAAGACUCUUUGUGGACGGUAUCCAUUCAGCAAGGUGGAGGAAGCCUGUAAAACUUACAGCCAUGUUGUCAUCAAGGAAGUUAGAUUCUUUGACUUGAAGGUCCUGUACCCCCUCCUCACUGAUCCGUCCCUGAAUCUCAAAAUUAUACACCUGGUUCGUGACCCCAGGGCAGUUGUUAAGUCACGGGAACAAUCGGUGAAAGCAUUAGCCCGUGACAAUGGAAUUGUCUUGAGUACCAAUGGCACUAAAGUGGAAGAUAGCAAAUACAAAGUAAUGCAGGAGGUUUGUAGAAGUCAUGUUCAGAUUUAUGAAACAGCUACUCUAAAACCACCUAAUUUCCUGAAAGAUCGCUAUUUAAUGGUCCGUUUUGAAGAUCUGGUAAGAGAUCCAUUAUCAGAAAUCUCAGAGAUGUAUAAAUUUGCAGAUCUUAGUUUGACUCCCAGGCUCAAAAGCUGGGUCUAUAAUAUCACACAUGGACAGGGACCAGGAAAAAAAAAAGAAGCCUUCAAAAUAACAUCCCGAGAUGCAGUUAGUGUUUCACAGGCUUGGAGAAAUGCUCUUUCCUUUCAGAAAGUUAAGAAAAUACAGGAAGUUUGCAAAGGUGCUAUAAACAUUCUUGGUUAUCAGCUAGUGGAUUCAGAAAAAGAACAAAGAGAUCUGACAUUGGAUUUGGUGUUGCCAAGACGACAAAAUCAAUUCAGUUGGUCAUCAUUUAAUCCAAAGCACUGAGACAUUUUUGAGACAUCUGGGGAGGUGGGGGAGGGUAGUUGUUUGAAUAUUUCUACACUGCACAGCAUAUAGUAAUUGGAAAAUCCUUGGCUGAUUACUUUAUCUUUUCGUCUGCUCCUUUUCUGUUAAUGUAGGAAGUUUUUUUUUCCCCCUGAGUUUUUUACAUAUUAAAAAAAAGAAAGACAGCAAGAUACUUGGUCAGCCUGUUACUGUGAUGCUCACAGCAUUGUUUUAAGAAUACAGUUAAAGCACUUUCUAUUAAAAGAUGGAUUCUCAAAGAUGUCUGUUUAUUGAUAAUACUUUUUUUUUUCAUGCUUUAAGUAUUUAAGAAUCACAGUUCUUCAUUUGUAUAUAUGGAACAAAGUAUAUUCUAAAUUCCUUCCCUUGACUUUCUUCUUUAAAGCUGUUUUGCAGUUGUAUAUUUUUUUUUUCAGACUUCUUUUGAUGUUUUAAAUCUUGAUAUAUAAGUUUUCCAAAAGGUGGGGCAACUGCAGCAGCUGUGUUGUAAAAGGCUGAAAUGGAAACUUCAUUUAUUGAUAGAUUUCAUAGUGGUUUCCUUGGAAGGGCAAUGUUUACAAUCAGAUACUUGAAUGCGAUGUUUCAUUGGAGUGCAAGAACCAAAGGAUAUGACGAAACUUUCAGUGGAAUCACAGUGGAAGUAGAGUUUUAAUGAUGUCCCUGUUGUGUUCUAAUACUGAGACAAAGAAUAAGUGCGCAGUUGCUCCUGCCACCGCACUCCAUACCGUUAUCCUCUCUGUAGAACUACAAGCAAUUUAUGAAGAUCACUGAGAAAUUUAGUAAACCUUGAAAAUUUGCGUAUCGAUUAUAUUGCUGCAUGGAAGUGAUCCGUUCAACUUUGAUAGCAGAGACAGACGCUCGUGUUCGGUUAAUAUUCGGUGCCGCGCCCGAGAAGCCGGUGAUGGAUGCUCCAGCACCGCGCGGCCGCAGACGCUCGGAAUGAGCGCGGGCGGGGGACGCGCCCUGCAGCCGGCCGCUGUCCCCAGCCCCGCCGCUGAGCAUGGAGCGCGCACUUGGCGGUUUUGAGAUGCCGCCGGUGCCAGCUGCUGACCAGAACUCCAGGCACAACACGGGAUCAGCAGGGAGAGGUGGGUUUGUCCUGGAGGAUCCAGGAGCUCGGCGUGCGUGUCUGAGCCUGCAGCUGCGAGCCGCAGCAGGACCCAAGGUCUGCACACGCCUGUGUACAGAAGAAUUAUGCGAGAACAGAAAAGUUGCAAUGGCAUUGCAGUUCCCUGCACAGAAAAUAGCCGGGGAGGUGAAGCACGGCCAAGUGGUGCCGUUCGACUGCGCCCCGACUGGGAGCAUCAGGUUCAUUCCCAUUGUGAUCUGCAAAUGGCAAAUCAGGGUUGUUCUUUAUUAAAACCAAAAGCGCUCUCAGAAUGUUGAUGGAGGUGAUGAUUGCAGGGGCGAUGCUUCUGAAGAAUAGCUCCCCCAUCUUCCCCAGGGCCUGGGCAGAGAGAGGUGGAGCUCGGAGUCCCCCCAGUCCUCCCGCGGGUGUCGGCGUCUGCAGCGCCAUUGGGACGGGAUCCACGGCGCAGCUCCCUCCUCCAGAGGCCGAAAGCUCAGCCUCCAGUUUCGUGCAGGGUAAUCACCUUUCCAAGGCAAUACAAGCACUUCCCAAGAGCAGCUGGUGAAGAUGGCGCAGAAGCAAGGACAAGAGUGCAGUGAAAAGUUUGGUGCAUCGAUCCAGCUUCCGGACAUGUGAUCUUCUACCCUGCCCCACGGCAAGAAGAGUUUGGUGAUUUUGCUGCUCUGCUCUCUCAAGGGUGUUGCAGGCUGCGUAGCAGGGAGUGAAGCCCUUGUCGCUGCUCAUCAGACACUUUCCUACAGAAUUCUCCCUGCAGUGAUAAAAUUAGACUGGUGUUAGUGAGCUGCCAAGUAGAGCAGGUAACAUUGGACAAGAAUGGUUUCUGAGCUGCUGUUCACUAGCACGUGUUUCCCCUUUCCACCUCCUGGCAUGGAGCAGAGAACACGGAGGGGCUGGGACUUGCAAUGAAAAUGGAAAAGAUACUAGACCUGUAACUGGGGCUGUGGCCAUCCAGGUGAACUUAAGCAGGGGCUGGCACUGUGGCUGGGGAUUGAGGAUCUGGACCUGAAAUCAUGGGGGGCUGGCAUAUUGAUGCUGGGGUGGGCUUUGAGACCCUUGGCUAGGAGCUGAAUUGUUGCAGAGCUGGAGCCAAAGCCAAGAUGCUGCCCUUCGAAGCCGGACAACCGUCCAGCUGGAGCUGGAAGAACAGAGCUGCCAGUGAAAUAAAGCUUGUGGGAUUACAGCUGAAAGGGCUGACAUCACUGGGCCUGGACUCAUCAUUGCCCGCCUGGGAUCGGGGCUGAACGUGGCACAGGAACCACAGGGCUGGCACAGGCACCGUAGUCUCCUUGCGCCGAAAACACUGCCGGCCCGUGUCACGGGUGAAGGGGCUGGGUAUUGUGACUGAAAUAAGAAUGGGUUGUGUGGAGAGGAACAGGGGGCUGACACGUUGCGCCGAAAGCCCCGUCGAUGCCAGGAUAUUGCCUGGGCCAGGGAGGGCACCUCCUGGCAUGGAGCAGAGAACACGGAGGGGCUGGCACUUGCAUUGAAAAUGGAAAAGAUGCUGUGUCCCCGCUGCCGCAGCCUCGGCUGGCGCUGUUGGGGCCGGGAAGGGCGGGCGGGAGCUUCCAGUCGAGGUCCUUGCCGGGAUUUCUCCCAGGGAAGCGGGCAGAGGGCUGGGAGCGGGCGGACUCGGCCCCGGCAAUGGCGGCGGCGCGAGCCCGGCUUGAGGGGACCGCGGGGGGUCUCGGAGCCGAGUGCGGAGGGAAGGGGCGGGCUGGGAUUGGUGGGGCCGGCGCUGCCUCGGGUUGUGAUUGGCUGGCUGGCCCGGCCCUGGGGGAUAAAUAACGUGCGUUGGGGCGGCACCGGCGUCAGUUCGGCGGUGAAGGUGGGAGCGACGAGAGGUGCGCUUGCGCGAUUCGAGGAGCGGCGCUGCGCCAGGACGGCACCUCCGCGGCAGCUGCUCCGGGGAGCGCCGGUGAGCACGGAUGGGACGCCUGCGGCAGUAUCUGGGGGCUGGCGCUGUCCAGUUCUCCCCGCCGCACCCUGCGCGGUUCGGGUAGCCGGGGGCUGGAGUGGUGCAGGCGGGGACCGGCUGCUGUUACUGCUGGGCGGCAACUAGACAUUUCGCCGUUUUUGGAUUUAAAGUAACGUUCCGAAUACCGGGAAUAAAACUGGCUUUUUGCGUUUUAA